UGCACCGCUGCAACAGGCUCGUCGGCAGACGCCGCCACCGCACCACCACAAUCCGCAGCAGCAGCUACGGAGGGUUUGCGCCUCCGCAAGAGAAACAUCACCGUCGCGGUGACAACCGAUGACGCCACCGCCGUACCUGCAACGACAACAGCAAGUUUCUGCUGCUCCGGAUUUAGUUUUUUCACGACACUCAUGCUUGGAUUGCACCUGCUACUCUCGAGCCCUAGAAGCCAAGUAGGGCAGAAGCGGAACAGUUCCAAAGCCACGGCAAUGAGAGAAUCAAAACAGAUAAAUCCCACACAAUUUUAG